AUGGCAUCUAACGGAGUAAACGGUACUCACAAAGCGGACGGUAACCUUCAAGGUUCUUCCCCAUGUUCAACCAGCCGUGUCACGCCUCGCCCCAAAACCCAAACUGGAUCGCUCGAUAACAACGUUCAAAUAUUCAAGACACAACUGAAACCUAUCUUCCGUUCCUUGUUGACUCCACCACUGGUAAACGAUAGCAAGAAUACCCAAAUAACUCUAAAAGAGUGUCUCAAGAAGUUUCAAGAGAACGAAGAAAGCUUCAAAACAGUAGCGGGACCAAUACUGAUUGAAUACCUGGCUGACCUCGUAACACAGCUUAUCACGCAGAAUGAGACACGUGUCAAUUAUAUUGGAACUCCAGCAGCCUUGGCGUUUGAGCAAGAAUGGACUAGGAAAAUGAGCAACCUUCGAACAACGGAGCAUAUCCUUAAUGCACCUUAUUGUAGGGCCACAUUGAUGGAAUUCUCUGUGAAGUUCAAAGCAUUCUCAGUAGAAGACCAACAUAGUCUUCGGGAGUUCAUGUACAGGGAAAUUGUAGUGCUGGCCAGCGAUUUGAUCCACACAAUAGAUAUCGAAAGAAACAAAGUAAUCGCACAUUAUGUGGUAAUAGUUAAUAGACAACAUGCGGAGAUCAACAAAAUGGCAGAGAACUCGCAGGCAACAAUAGCAGCCUUCAUUAAAAGAGUUGCUGAACGGCAGAAAAGAAUCUGUGAGCUCGAGCAAGAAAAAAAUGUUCUAAGCUUAGAAAUGGAGGGAUUAAAACAACGAAAUGCUUCCUUCGAGAAAGAAGUCAAAGAAAAUAAUCUUAGAAUUGAACGGUUAGAUCAGAAACUCAAGAAAAUGGCAGAAGAUCUCGAGAAGAAAACCAGGGAAGAGGCAAACCUGAGAUCGGCAGCGGAGAGUCACAGAGAUGAGAUCGAGGAAGACAAUUCAAAGCUAGGAGAAAGGAUUGCCCAAUGCACUAUGGAAAACCAAGAGCUCAAAUCGCGUCUGGAUGAAUUGGAAAAGGAGACCAAGGACAAUAGAAAUGCUGCUGAAUGUCUGGAAAGACAGAAGACUGAAAAUGACGAUCUUAGAAAGCAAGUUGAAGAAUUGACUAACCGAAUGGAAACACAUCAAAUCAAAAUUCUGGCAGUCCUAGAUGACGCCAAAAAAACCGAAAGUACCAGAGAAAGCAAUGAACAAAUUAGACGUCUAAUUCAAGCUAUUUGUAUUAAGAAAGACGAUUCAAAGACUCCGAAUAUUGCCUCAAACCAGACGGGAGUCAUGCUAAAAUGA